GCCUGCCGCGAUGUUGAGCGACUUCCGCGACCUCUGGAUUCCCCAAUAUCUUCCCGUUUUAUGGCGCCAGAAAAAGAGUUAAUGAGAUCAUUUUUUGCGCCAUGUCGGUGUCAUUAACGUUUAAUUUCACGAGUGCACAUUGCGCGGCCAGUCGCACGGAAACCAGCUUGUAAUAGCAGAGUGUGUGGAUCUGUGUGCGUGCAAAUAUGGGAAAACAACCGAUGAUGACAUUAUAUUCACUUAGGCCUCUAUAUCCGCAAUGACGUGAGUGUGGGCACCAGCUAUAGCUGAGGCAGUUAUAGGAGAAAAAAAAACAUGUCGGCCCCACGCGCGCACACAGCACGAGUGGAAUUUAUGGCCUGAAUAAAUGGUGCGUUAAAGACUACAGGCUACAAAUAAAAAUGACCUGUAACAUGUUUUAUUAUGCUCCAACAUCUCGUUCUUGCAACUAUGAGAAGAACAAGAGUUGCCUUUAGUUCCAGACCCCUAAUGACUGUUGUAAAUUAUCUGUCACAUCACAUGCUUUACUGCAUCACUGAGGACAAAUACAAUUUCAUUACCUCACCCUCAUCUUACGUAAUACAUUGGUUUAAAAAGACCAGCUACCGGGGUUGCUGCAAGUUAUUCAGAGUUUCAUUCCAUCAUUCCAUCUUGGGACAUCUCAUCUAUACCAGCUCAAGAGACCUACCAGACUCCAGAUGGCCCUCACCGGAAUCUGGUGCGUAUUUGUGCUUGUGUGUCUCAGUCUGUGUCAGACGGGGAAGGUCGACUCUUUCGGAGGGUCUUCGGAUCUCAAGCUCGGACACCAAGAUAAAACAACAUGGCUCGAAACAUUACAGGAUAAACAGGUAUCCGCUGACGACAAAUACAACCUCGUCUGGCUGCUGUACAAGCUUUCACAGUCACACCACGACAACACGUUGAAAAUAAACUCUCUCCCUCGUGCACCGGAGAGUGUCGGGAAACAGGAGAGUAGGCGCGAGACUAUGCCACAGGACUCGCGCGUUCGUAAAGAAGGAUGCAAAGUGUUCUUCUGGAAGUCAUGGACCGCCUGCUGAUCGUCUGCUUUUACUCCCAAACAGAUGGUCAUCUAAUCGACGAUUA